CUCUCUCUCUCUCUCUCUCUCUCUCUCUCUCUCUCGCGUGCUCGGCCUCGUAGAUUUUCGCCUUUUCUCGAUCUCACGAGAGCGUGUUCUUGGACGCUUCCCAAUCAAUUCACGAUAUCCCAUUCGCGAUUGCGUGUUGGGAAGUUUUUUUUUUUUUUUUUUCCCCAAAUGGGUAGCGAUAAAGAUCGCAUUUUGGACGAGAUUUUGAUCGGUUCUUGCGUGUGAGCUCGGUUUUCCCCAAUUGAGAUCGCUCGUUUUCUCAUUAUUUAGCCUGUAAUUCUUGGUUUUUCUUAAGAAAUUUUGGAAUUUAUCCAAGAAGACGAAAUCUGUAGGCUCGUUGCGGGAUUUGGUGCUCGUUGAUCUCGUGGUUAUCCUAAAACAGGGAGUCUCGUUCAGGAUUCUUUUGCUUCGAGGCUCUUUUAUUUUAAAUUUGGAGAAAUUUGUAUAGGUUUGUUGUAGAGAUUGAAUCUUCUCGAGAUCUUAUGAUCUGGGUUGCUGUGAAUUUGGGAUUGUUGGAGGAUGUACGCCGUGGAGAAGCUCAGCAGCUACAUAACCCGCGGCGUCUACACCGUCUCCGGCCCAUUCCACCCGUUCGGAGGCGCCGUCGACAUUGUUGUCGUCCAGCAGCAGGACGGGACCUUCAAGAGCUCGCCGUGGUACGUCCGGUUCGGUAAAUUCCAAGGUGUUCUUAAGACUAAAGAGAAAGUUGUUAAUAUAUCUGUUAAUGGAGUCGACGCCGGAUUCGACAUGUACUUGGAUCAUAAAGGAGAAGCCUUUUUCCUUAGGGAUGCGAAUUCGGAAGGAGACGAGUUUGUUGUGUCUCCUGUUUCGUCCGGCGAUGAAAAGGAUGAGAGUGUGCAGAAAGGGCGGUUGACGAAGAUGCAGAGCUGUGAUUUCGAAGCCCGCUCGAUGGAGCCGAUUGCACAAACCGAAGUGGGGGAUGGGAAGAUACCGGCGGAGACGAGCGCGAAGCGGUCUACUAUUCUUGGCUUUGUUUUCGGUAAAAGGUCGAUGAAGGGGAGCGAUAAAGGCGACAAUGUGGAUAGAGUGAGUUCCUUGCAGCGCGCGGAGAUUGCUGCCGACUUAUUGGAGAUGAAGUGGUCGACUAAUCUCUCGGCUAAAGAUCUAAGGGCGGAUAAAUCUUGUAUAAACAUAUUGGAAAGUGAUAAUGUGAAUGCUUGCGGUGUUGGGAAGGAAGAAGGUUCUGGAACAUCUUCGCCAAAAUAUAGCGUCGAUUGUGAUGAGACUGUUGAUUCUCGUGGUGAUGGGGGCAUCAAUGAUAAUACUGAGGGAAGUUCUGAUGGAAGAAAUGGUUUGGAAGAGAUGAGUGAUCAUAAGCCUCUAUGUGUAAGAGUUGACGAGGAAGUUAUAGAGAUUUACCGAGAAUCUACUUCCGCCGGUGGUCAAAUGGCAUCAGAAUCUGCCGUUGAGGACCGCAUUGUUGAUGGUCCAAGCCAUGAUUUGGUCAUAGAUAAAGCUAAAAAUGAUUCUUCUGUUACUAGUUCUGGAAGCUUUAUGGGAAAGGAGACACAUAUUGAAGAAAUCACUACCCAUGAAGUCGUAGAGAUUUAUAGAGUGGAGAGAGGCAAUACAGAUGUUAGGUCUCAUAUAGCUUCUUUAAUGGGAGUGGCAGAAUCAAAUGGCAUUGGCCAACAUUUCCCUGGUUCGGCUUCGCAUGAUAGUGAUACAGAAGACUCAUUUAGUGAAAGAUAUGAGGAUUUACGCAAUAGUGUUUCUGCACUUGAAGGUGGAGGAAACGCAAUAUCUUCUGUCAGCUACCAAGAACCUGUACAAAGAUCAAGUUUUAAAUAUAGAAGUCCCACUGAUAUAGUGGAUGAAGCUGCAGAUCUCUCCUUGUGUAAGGAUAUAUCUCUUGAAGACUCUUCUGAAGUUAUGUUUGAGAGAAGUGAAAUAUUUUUCGAUGUAAAAUCACAAGCAGAACCAGAUGCUCAAGGAGAGAAAGAAAAUGUGAAUGCUUCCCAUGUUCAUCAUGUGGAAGAACCAGCACUUGAGGAUUCCGAUUUGCAAAACUCUCGAGCUUCUCAAAAUAAGGGUUCUUCUGUAAAUAUCAUUUCAAAUGGCUUUAGUGUUGGUUCCUCUCAUGAUGAUGCUUCCAAAGAAAUUUUUGGUGGCCGUAAUGGUAAUUCUUCACCAGAUGUAGAUUCGUUGGCUUCUAAUUUGGAAGUUUGCGGUCCUAAUAAACUAGCUGAAAAAUUGAAUGGGGACAAAGAAGAUUUGGAGGAAAUUAAUGUUACUGGUAUGCAAAGUCAGAUUGACAGUGGACAAACUGCACCUACCAUUUCUCUGCUGACAUCCACAUUGCUCGAGCCUCUUAACUCUAACAAAAACAUAGGAUUAGUAAAAUUGUCAGACUUUUCGGAUCAAUCCAAUUCAAAUGCACAAGACGAAGUAGAAAAACCAAUUAUAGGGGGUGAAACGAACAAAUUUGGUUUCGUUGAUGGAGAUAAGUGGGACAAUGUGCCCAAUGAGAUUUCUAGAUCGAUGGAAGUAUCAAAGCCCAGUGUGUCAUUUUCUGAUAACUUAGAGGACGGUCAAUUUGCUUUCAGUGACCCGGAAAGUUUUGUUUCUAAAGGAACUGGAGAUGAUUUAGUAGAAGGUGAUGUCGAGGGGCAUGAACUGGAAAUUGCAAGCCAUGAAGAAAAUUUUGAAGUUUCUUCCAGUUCAUCGCAGCCUCCAACUAGUCCAAUUAGUAUUCCCACAAUUAGGAUGAAUUUUGGAGGAAAUCAAGUGUCAGCGAAAUCUUUGCCCAAUAUUCGGUCACAGAUACAUGAUCUUGAGAGGUCAGAUAGUCUUCCCCCUGUAAGUUGCUCAUUGAGUUCACAGCAUGAAAUUUAUGAGCUGGAUGUUCUCAAAAGGGUAGAUUCAGGCUCUUCAGAUUUGAAUGCUGAUGCUCAUAAUAAUAAAGACCAAGGUCAUCUUGACCUGGAACUUGCUGGUACAGUUCCUGCCGAGCAUGAGGGCAAGCAUAAAGACAUAAUGCUUAAUCCUAUGGUUGAGUUAUCCCUCAGCAAACACUUGCUAUAUGAAGGAAUGGGAGAGGAUGCAGCUAGGCGAGCAUUUGAUUCUGAGAAGGUAGAUUUAGAGAAAUUUCGUGCUUUGGGUUCAUCACUCGUGAAAAAUGAUAAGCUAGUUGUCAGAAUUUCUGGUCGUUAUUUUCCUUGGGAUGCGGCUGCAACUAUUGUCUUGGGCAUGGUCUCUUUUGGUCAGCAGGAAAUAAUUGAGCCUAAAGGUAUGAUAGCCGUGGAACGAGUUGAGAAAAACUCAAAGAGGGACUCUUCAAAGGCCAUUGUGGUUUCUGGUGCCAGCUGGAGGAUCUGGCCAUUCAGCUUCAAAAGAUCAAGGACCAUAAGCACUGUCCGCACAGCUCGUGAGAGUGCUGAAGAAAAAGCAGAUUUUUCUUCCAAAAGUGCCAGGAGUAUGACAAGAAAGGUGCAGUCACUUACCCCAACAUCUGAGGAGCUCGCCUCCUUGAACCUCAAGGAGGGUAGGAAUGUGAUUACUUUCAGCUUCUCAACUGCGAUGCUCGGGCGGCAGCAGGUGGAUGCUAGGGUUUAUCUAUGGAAAUGGAAUACUCGCAUUGUUAUUUCAGAUGUAGAUGGUACAAUCACUAAAUCAGAUGUCCUUGGCCAGUUCAUGCCGCUUGUUGGUAUAGAUUGGUCUCAGACUGGGGUUGCGCAUUUGUUUUCUGCAAUCAAGGAAAAUGGAUACCAACUCCUCUUUCUCAGUGCACGUGCUAUUUCACAGGCCCAUCUGACGAGACAGUUCCUCUUCAACCUUAAACAGGAUGGGAAAGCACUCCCAGAUGGUCCUGUUGUCAUAUCGCCUGAUGGACUUUUUCCUUCACUGUACAGAGAAGUUAUCAGAAGAGCUCCGCAUGAAUUCAAGAUUUCAUGCCUAGAGGCUAUCAAAGCAUUGUUCCCAUCAGAUUGCAACCCCUUCUAUGCUGGAUUUGGAAACAGAGAUACAGAUGAGAUUAGUUACCUUAAGGUGGGGAUUCCUAUAGGCAAGAUCUUUAUAAUUAAUCCGAAGGGUGAAGUUGCAGUGAACCGUCGAGUCGAUACAAAAUCUUAUUCUUCGCUGCAUGCACUAGUCAAUGGGAUGUUUCCACCAAUGUCCUCCUCGGAACAGGAGGACUAUAAUUCUUGGAAUUACUGGAGAUUGCCUCUACCUGAACUCAACAUAUGAACCUAAAUUAGCUCGUCAGUUGCAAGAGGAAUCAAACUAACGGCCUUGAGAGGUAAGCCGGAGAAUGCAGGCAUGUGGUGGUUGACAACCGUUUGUUGACAUUCAGACCGAUCACUGUUGGUUAUGGUGGAGACUGAUUGAUCUUCAGCUUGAACCUGUAUAUAGCACUGGUCAAAUUUGUUUUUGUACUGCGGCCAUACGAGUAAUGUAAUUAUAUCUAGCACAUUUAGCUAUUGUAUAUCCAGGAAAUGUACUCGCAAAUAUAUGAAACAUUAUUCACAAUAAUAUAUCCAAUGUAUUCUCUGUUCAA